AUGAAGAUUGAGUUUUAUAAGAACUACUCAGAAGUGACAGAAUUUAUCCUGCUAGGGUUCAGAACCCACCCAAAGCUACAAGUUCUCUUAUUUCUAGUGUUCUUGCUGAUCUACAUGGUUACACUGACUGGAAAUAUCAGCAUGAUUAUUGUCAUUAAGAUGGACUCCAGACUUCACACACCUAUGUAUUUCUUCCUUAGAAACUUGUCCUAUUUGGAUCUCUGCUAUUCAACAGUCAUUGCUCCCAAAACAUUAGCCAACUUCUUGUCUAAUGAAAAGAAAAUUUCUUACAAUGGCUGUGCAACCCAAUUUUUCUUCUUUGCUCUAUUUGUUACAACAGAAGGUUUCCUUCUGGCUGUAAUGGCAUAUGACCGAUUCUCAGCUAUUUGUUCCCCUCUCCUUUAUCCUGUGCACAUGUCCCCAAAAGUCUGUGUUAGAUUGGUAACUGGAUCUUAUGUCUGUGGAUGCAUCAACUCCAUAGUCCAAACAGGUUUCACUUUCAGUCUGCAUUUCUGUGGGGAAAACAGAUUGGACCAUUUUUUCUGUGAUGUCCCAGCUCUGAUCAAGAUCUCUUGUGUUGACACCUUUGUGAAUGAGAUUGUACUCUUCGUUCUCUCUGCUCUCAUCAUCAUCGUAACUACAACUGUCAUCCUAGUUUCCUAUGCUUACAUCCUCUCCACUGUCCUCAAGAUCCCCUCAAGCCACGGCAGGAGUAAGACCUUUUCUACAUGUGGUUCCCAUGUAGCAGUGGUGAGUAUAUUCUAUGGGACUGUAUUCUUCAUGUAUGCGCAACCUGGUGCCAUCUCCUCUCCACAGGAAGACAAGAUUGUAGCUGUGCUCUAUACCCUAGUAAUACCAAUGCUUAACCCUCUUAUAUAUAGUAUGAGAAACAGAGAUGUAAAAGAUUCUGUGAAGAGAAUAUUAUGCAAGAAAUGA